AUGACACAGUAUUCAAACACGGUAGACAUUGCAUCUCCAGUUGCAUUCAAGUACAAACCGGCAGUUGGUGCCGACGCCCCCGGCCUCACGUGUCUAGGCGACCACGUGACCACGACGUUUGUGGCAGAGACGGCGCUGCCUACAGAUAGCGGUGUAUUCCGUGUACGCGCGUACCGCUCAGUAGGUUCGUUGCGUGAGAGUGAACCCAUUGCGAUGAUUACGGGCGACGUGCGUGGCAAACACAAUGUGUUUGUGCGUGUUCACGACCAGUGCUUUACAUCGGAAGUCUUUGGUUCGCUCAAAUGCGACUGUAAGGAACAAUUGGACUAUGCAAAGGUAUGUAUCCAGCAGCAUGGAGGUGUCAUUAUCUACAUGCCACAGGAGGGACGGGGUAUUGGUCUUGCCAAUAAGAUCAUGGCGUACUCUAUGCAGGAGCGUGGGCUUGAUACAGUGGAUGCUAAUCGUGUGUUGGGUUUCAAGGAUGACUAUCGCUCGUACGAGCCUGUGCCGACUAUUCUUAAAGAUCUGGGCAUCCAGUCGGUUCGUUUACUGACUAAUAAUCCACGUAAAAUCAGGCUGCUGAGUCAACUCGGCAUUACUGUUGAGGGACGACAGCCUGUGGUGAUCAAGGGUGGAGAAUUUAGCCAAGGUUAUUUGACAGCCAAGGCGAAUCGGAUGUCGCACUUGCUGCCUAGUAUUCCAGGAACAGAUGGCAGUGGUGAAGAUACAUCCACUGACGAAAGUCAGGACGAAGAGGAGCUGCAGAUCGACCCUCAGGAAGCUGUAGCAGCCGUAUCACUGACGACAUUGUCGUCCUCGUCUUUUAGAAGCUAUUAG